UAAAAUUUGCUCAACUAGUACGAACUAUUCGGGAAAAGUGAUUAUUCAUACACUGCUAUAACAAAACAGUUAGGAAAUUCAUCAAACAAUUAUUUGAAACCACAGAUGGUUUUGUGUGUGGUUGGUAACACUUUUGUGAUUUUGACUCCAGCAAAAUUAUCUAACGGAAAAAGUUUUGAAAGUUUUUUGUGUGUGAUAACGAUAACGUCAUUCUUUUAAUCGUUAAUUGUGCUAUAAAUUGAAUGAAUUAAGACUGCGCUUCAUAACGACUGAAUCAUGAGUGAAAACAGUGAUAUUUUCUCCUCGGACGAAGAGCAGGACUCAUUUGAUGGACGUAUUGAAGCUUCAGAUCACGCAGAUGAGGCCAAAGAGCCGGUAAAAGAAAUUGAGUCAAAUCUUUCAAGACUUAGCUACAGAGACAACAGUCAAAUCAGUGAUGAUGAAAGUGAUUCAGGAAGUGACCAAAAAGCUUCUUUUUACACAGAUGAGGAAGAUAAGUCCAUCUCGAGUGAUAAAAUCGAUGGAAGUACCCCUGAAAUUAUCAAUGAUUCUCUCAGUAUUGUCGAAGUGAGCAGUGACGAUGAAACUGUCCCUACAACUAGUCAAAAACAAACAAAAAUCACUUCUUUUUACACAAAACCGCUACUUGACGUCAAACUUGAGCCCCCAACACCCCAAAAAACCAUCGUAGGCCGGGCACAGUACGAGGAACAAGUGAAAAAAAUCAGCUCAAUUGAAGCUGAUUUAUUGAGGGCUAAAAAUGCCAUGAGGGUGAUCAAACUGGAAAAUUUGCCUGAUCGGGGGAAAUCCCUAAUCGACAAAGAACAAUCAUUGAUCAAACUAUUGCAAGAGCAAAAGGAUUUGUUGGAUACCAUGGAAGUAAAUAAUGAGGAGCCCCCUUUAACAGCCCAGAAUCGAAUCGAAGUUGCUUGGGACGAGAUCGAGGCAGGCGUGGGGGCCGUGGGGCCCCGAACAUUUGGUAAAAUCGGUGUUGCUCGAUUUAAGGCCGAGAAAUCAAUGGCAAUGGAGACUCUCGAUUCGCUUCACAAAUCUUUGGAGACUUGUCCGACUGAAAAAGACACCGUGGAGGACCCACGUGGGCUUAAAGUGCCUCUAAUGCCCCACCAAAAGCAAGCACUAGCCUGGCUUUUGUGGCGCGAAAAACAAAAACCCUCAGGGGGGCUCUUGGCUGAUGAUAUGGGACUUGGGAAAACGCUUACAAUGAUUUCACUAAUAUUGAAGUCAAGGGAAUUGAACACUGAUGAAGAGCAAGAUAAGGAAAACCAUCGUGAUAAACGGCCAGGGGGCACUUUGGUCGUUUGUCCAGCCAGUCUUAUGAAUCAAUGGUCUGAGGAGAUUAAUAGGAGGACCAAAAGGGGGCUGCUGUCUGUUGAGGUGUACCAUGGGGCGAAACGCGAGUCUAAGCCCAAACGAUUAGCCGAACACGACGUCGUCAUCACCACCUACUCGCUGAUUAUGAACGAAAACUCGCGAGAUGGCGCUGUUUUUGGAGUACACUGGCGCCGAAUUAUUUUGGACGAAGCCCACCAGAUCCGCAAUUACAAAUCAAAAACUUCCGAAGCUGUUUUCCGAUUGUCGGGCAAAUCGCGGUGGGCCUUGACCGGAACUCCUGUCCACAACAAAGAGCUGGACAUGUAUGCGAUUUUCAAAUUUUUACGUUGUUCACCGUUUGAUGAUCUCCAUGUGUGGAAACAUUGGGUUGGUGAUAAGAGCACAGGUGGCGCGAUGCGUCUUCAUGCUGUUAUUUCUUCCUUAAUGUUGAGACGGACCAAGGCUGAGUUGAUGGAAAAGGGCGUUUUGGAGAGUUUGCCUGAUCGCAAAUGGGAAUUAGUUUCCGUCAAGUUAGAGAAGGAUGAGAUGGAUGUUUAUCAGAAAGUUUUGAUUUUUUCGCGGACUCUUUUUGCACAGUUUUUGCAUCAACGAGCUGAGAAAAAUCAAGACGCUUAUGAUUUGAAAUUUAACGGAAUGCCACCCGACCCUAAUGGUGAAUAUUUCAAAAUGAGGAACAAAUUGCUGAAAUUGAAUCGAGUCAAAGAAGUGAGCCAACACGAAAUUCUCGUUUUGUUGCUGAGAUUACGACAGAUUUGCUGCCAUCCAAGCUUGAUCAAACAAAUGUUACAAGGCGAUGAAGAUUUGGGUAAUGCCGAUGACCAGGAGGAAUCCGAAGAAUUGAAUCUUCUCGAACAAUUGAAUAGAUUAAACAUUCAUGAAGAGGAAGAGCCUAGAGUUGCCGCAAACCUCGCUAAUGAAGGUGUCGGCUUGAAAGAAGCUUCAAAAGGUUACUUGAACCCCACAAAUCCAGUUUUCAUGACAGAGAGACCGAGCAGUAAAAUCAGAGCAUUGAUUAAUUUACUCAAGAACAAAAUUUCGGGCGAGGAUAAAGCGAUUGUCGUUUCGCAAUGGACUAGUUUACUACAUUUAGUUGCAAUACACCUCGAAAACGAGGGAAUCCCCUAUGCUAGUCUCGAUGGUUCAGUCGUCGUUCAGAAACGAAUGCCAAUUGUUGACAAUUUCAACGAUCCAAACAGCGCGACGAAAGUUUUGUUGCUGUCACUAACUGCUGGCGGAGUUGGUUUGAAUUUAGUCGGAGCGAAUCAUUUGUUUUUGUUAGAUUUGCACUGGAAUCCGCAGUUGGAAAAUCAGGCACAGGACCGGAUUUAUCGGAUGGGCCAAAAGAAGGACAUUUAUGUGUACAAGUUCAUGGCUCUUGAAACAAUUGAGGAGAGGAUUAAAGCUUUACAAGAGAGAAAACUCGAGAUUGCCAAUGCGAUGCUUACAGGGUCCAAGCAAGUCACUAACAGUAAACUGUCGCUGCAGGAUUUGAAAAUGCUUUUUGAUUUUAAGUAACUGAUUUUUUGUAGUAUUUUGUACAGUGUUCUAUUUUACAUGAUUUUUAUAUUUUUUUAUUUUUUAAGGAACAAUACAAAAUAAGAAUUGAGUUCA